AUGAUUAUAUCGAUUCAGAGAUGGAGGGUCUUGGUGGUCUGGUGCGGGUUACUGGGCAUGGCGUUUGGUGGUCACGACGGAAAGACGGACGGAAGGAAAAUUGGGCAGGACAGCUAUGGGUACAAGAGGAGCUCGUCGUUAUCGCCGCAAAUUAACACUUCUCGAGGUGCCGGUGAUGAAGUUGAAGGGGCUUCAUGGUAUUAUCCUACUACGUGGCCUUCUUUUGAAGAGAAGCGUACUGUGUCUUUGAAUCAGAGCUAUACGCCCCGUUUCGAAGUUGGAUUGCAAGGACCACAAGACGCGAAAUCUUUGGCUUUAUGUUAUACUACAAAUUUCCAAGCACCAGAAUCGGCCAACAUAUAUUAUGUUAUACCCCUCACAUUCACUUGUCUAAAAAAUGACCCCUCUUGUCAAAUCGAAGUCCAGAAAACAGGAACGGCGAAUUUAGAGGUCAAUCUCUAUAAUACUAGUGGAGGCCUCUCUACCUUUACAAAGCCGAACUCGGCUUUCUUUCUGUGUUUCAACAAUGGUAACGACACUGUUGCGGGCUUCACCUGCGAGUCUUACAGCCCGUACUUCCAGAUAUUACGUAGCCCCUCACUUGUCAAUCAGAGACGAGAAGAGACAGCAGAUUUGGUAGCAGCCGAAUCGUCAUCCAUGUCAGCUUUCGCAAGCUCGUUUGUGGCAGCCAUCACAAACUAUGCAGCUCCAACGGCUCCGCUAUCCGUCACAGCAAGCACGGCAAUCUUUUUGCCUUCAGGAGGAACAGUGAUAUCAGCGUCAACAACUGCGCCCAAUAUACCCAUUUCAACAUCAUAUGCGUCGACUGUAACAACACCCAUACUAACGCCAACUGGUACCGACGGCUCAGCUAGUGCAACUGGCACCUCUGAUUCAUUUAAUUCUAGCUCCACCUCCUCGAAUUCCAGCGGACUCUCCCUAGGCGCCAAAAUUGGCAUCGCCCUCGGCGCCAUAAUCUUCGUCUUCCUCCUCCUUCUAGCCCUCCUCCUCCUCCUCCGCCGCCGCCGCAAGAACCCCCCUAAAAACGCCUCCCGCACUCCCGAGAAUCUUCUCCUCUCCUCCUCUCUCAAACACAACAAUGACUCCAACUCCCUCUUCAUCGCCGAAAAACUCGCUCUCACUGAUCGCAGCGAUACAAACACCCCUCUUACAUCUCGCGGUGCCGGAAUCCUCGGCGGAACAUUCGAUCACGAUGAUGAUCUCCACCAAGAUUUGCCUGCGCCCGGAAGUGCCUUUACAGCAAACACACCCGUACCCAUCAGUCCGCGCCGCAGCCAAGCUGCCAACACGCUGCGAAGCGAAGUGAUAGGAAGUCGCGCCGUGAGCAUCGCUUCCGGGAUCUCUCGGUCCGUAUCCCCCGUAAACAGCAGUGCGGGGAACAAUAUCGUAGAUCUCAGUCGAGAAAAUAGUCGCGAACGUAUCGGCGAUAGGAGUAUCUUUGAUCAGGAACCGUAUACGGAUAAUGUAGGCGCAGGCGCAAAUAGUGGGGCAGUAGGUAUGAAUGGGGAUAGAAAUGGAAGUCGCACUAAUUUAGACGUGCCGAAAGUAUAUAAAGGGGCGUUACAAGCACCUUUCCUCAGCGAACCGGGGAUGUCAGCUGAGGAGGUAGCGAGGUUGGAGGAGGAAGAGAGGAGGAUUGAUGAGGCGAUUGCGGAAGCGGAGGAGGAGAGGAGGAGGGCGAGAGAAGCGAGAGGGAGAUAG